AUGAGAAUUCAAUUCAUAGUGCUAUUCAGCGCCCUAAUUACUGUUUUUUGCUACGACCAUUAUCGACUGCCCCACUCUGUGCAACCUCUACACUAUACAUUGCGAGUACUCACGCAUUUGGAAGAUGCACGACGUUUAUCCUUUACAGGUGAUGUUCAGAUCAAGUUGCGUGUGCUGCAGGAAACCACCAAUAUUACUUUGCACGCCUCCUCAAUGCUAAAAAUUGCUGAUAAUCACACGCGUUUGCAACAUUGUAGCGGAAGUGGGGAUAAAAAGGGGUUUAUUGGGAUUAAGAACGUGGAACGCUAUAAGAAACAUGAUUACUAUAUAAUUCAUCUCGUGAAACCAUUGCAGGCAGCAUUCUAUGUGAUAAAGCUGCAGUUUUGGGCCCCACUUAAUCGAAAUCUUUUUGGCUACUAUGUCAGUUCUUAUAAAGAUAUGGAAACGAAUGAAACCAGUUAUAUUUCUGUUACCCAAUUUGAGCCUGCGGAUGCACGCUGUGCCUUUCCUUGUUUCGAUGAGCCCCAUUUUAAAGCAACAUUUGAUAUAAUUUUAGGUCAUCCAUCGGAUUUUAACGCGCUUAGCAAUAUGCCAUUAACAGAGAAGAUACCCAUCUGUGGUCGUCCCAACUGGUAUUGGAGCAAAUUCCAACAGACAGUACCCAUGUCUACCUAUCUGGUGGCCUACAGCAUUAAUAAUUUUGAAGGGUAUACCGCGUCGAGCAGCAAAAUUUCGCAUCCAGUACAAUUUACCACCUGGGCUCGUUCCCAAGCCCUUGAGCAAUGCCAUUAUGCAGCCGAGAUUGCUCCUCGCUUGCUCAGCUACUAUGAGGAGAUAUUUGAUAUGCCCUAUCCACUACCAAAAAUGGAUCUGUUGGCGGUACCCGACUUCAGUGCCGGCGCCAUGGAGAACUGGGGUCUCAUUACCUUCCGUGAGGCUGCUUUGUUCUAUGCACGUGCAGACUCAUCACUGGAGGACAAACAACGCGUAGCCAAUAUAAUUGCCCAUGAAUUGGCCCAUCAAUGGUUUGGUAAUUUGGUAACAAUGGAAUGGUGGAACGAUCUGUGGUUAAACGAAGGCUUUGCCACUUACGUAGCGACACUGGGCAUGCAGAGGCUCUGCAAGAAAUGGCAUGCUUAUGAGGAGGAAUCCCUCGAUAAUGUUCUGGCUAUUUUUGCAACUGACGCCUUCUAUUGCACGCGUCCCAUAUCGCAGGCUGUGGGCAGUGCCAGCACUAUUGGUAAUUUGUUCGAUCCCAUCACAUAUCGGAAAGGCUCUGUCAUUAUACGUAUGAUGCAUAAUUUUAUUGGAGAUGAGGCUUUUCGCAGGGGUCUCAAGACCUAUUUGCAACAUCAUGCUUAUGGCAAUGCAAAUCAGAGGGAUUUAUGGCAAGCGCUCACUCAGGCGGCGCAUCAAUGCCACAGAAUCCCAGCCAAGCUCUCGGUUGGCACCAUCAUGGACACCUGGACCUUGCAGUCUGGCUAUCCGCUUGUCACUGUGGAAAGGGAUUAUAUCCAUAAUGCAGCGAACGUCAGCCAAAGACGUUUCGUGAUUCAUGGACCUGCGAGACUGCAUGAACCAUUUUCUGAGCCCUUCGAAAGGAAAGCUGGCGAUUAUACAACUCCAAAGGCCUGGCUGCGUUGUAACAAUGCUGGCCGGGCUGUACCCCUUCGCCUUUACAAGCUCCCCGAGGAGGAUGAAUGGCUGCUCUUCAAUCUACAGCUCACGACUCCGUAUCGUGUUAAUUAUGAUGCCUGCAAUUGGGAUCUCAUUACAAAAUCAUUAUAUAGCAAAGAAUUUAGACGCAUACAUGUCAUGAAUCGUGCACAGCUAAUAGAUGAUGCUUUAGCGCUCGCCUGGAGCGGUCAUAUGGACUAUAAACAGGCUCUGGAACUGUUGAGAUAUUUGCAACAUGAAAACGAGUUUAUGCCCUGGCGUGCUGCCUUGGAUCAAUUGAUAGCCAUUUAUCGCAUUAUGCGACAAACUUCUGAUUUCGAUGUCUUCCAGAAAUUUAUGCAACACCUGCUGGAGCCCAUCUAUUGCCACUUGAAGGGCAUAAAUGAUGACGAGAGCGUAAAGCAUGUUCCGCACAAAACCCUCAUUGCCCAAUGGGCUUGUCGGAUGGCUCAGGAAAAUUGCCUCCAGGUCGCCAUGGAUUACUAUCAACGUUGGUACACAUCUGACUCACCGGACAAAUCGAAUCCAACACCAAAAAAUCUACGAUCCGUCAUCUAUUGCACGGCCAUGCAUCAAGGCGAUGCCGACGACUGGAACUUUCUGUGGCAGCGCUAUCUGAGCGCUACAGUGGCCAGCGAGAGGCGUCUUAUCCUUCAAAGCCUGGGUUGCACUCGCCAGCUAUGGUUGCUUCAGCGCUACAUGAAGUUGAUAUUCGAGCCACCGUCCCUCAUACGCAAACACGAUGCAGUCCUGGCCUUUGGAGGCGUGGUACGUAGCGAUGUCGGCAGCCAAUUCGCUAGAGACUAUCUGUUUAGCAACUUUGCAAUGUUGCGCAAAUUCUUUGAGCCGAAUAUUCGGGAGCUCGCUGGACUGGUUAUACAGAUCGCUCAGCACAUGAGUACAAGUCGGGACUAUCAGGUACUCCAGGACUUUUUCAAUAAGCACCGGGAUCUGUUCAAUCGCGUUCCGCGUAGCGCGCAACGUGCCAAGGAGCAGGUGCAGCUGAAUUUACGUUGGAGACAGCAACUAAUGCCCGAGUUUUUGCGUUAUCUCCACACCAGAUGCUACGAAUGA